AUGUGCAAUACCCGAUGGAUAUCAAUUGAACCAGCGGUCUGCCGUAUUCUUGAUCAAUGGAUAGAAUUAAAAACCCUGUUUGAAAUUGCCAGGCGAGAUGAACACUGCUAUACGGCAGAAAUACUAUAUAACAUGUAUAAUGAUCCACAGAAUCAUUUGUACUUAUUAUACAUAAGACCUAUCUUACAGGAAGUUCAAGUGGUAAACAAGUUGUUUGAAAGUAACGAUGUUGACCCAACAAGAUUGUACAAUGAUUUGAUUGGCUUAGUGGAAUCGAUAGGUCGGCGUAUUCUGAACCCAACGGCAAGGGUAGAUAUUUUAACAGAAGACAUAGAAAGCUAUUUAGAUCCGAAACCAUACAUGGGAUAUGCUUUUGAGACCAAAUUACUUGAAUACAAUCUUCAGCCUAAUGCAGCAAACUAUUUACGCCAACGUUGUAAUAAUUUCACACUGAAACUUGUGACAGAACUACGUUCGAGAUUACCGGUUAAUUUUAAAAUACUUCAGAAGAUAUCCAUGUUUUCAGUUCAAGAGACUUUAAAAGUAGUUAAGCCAUCCAUUGUCGAAAUAGCCCAAGAGUUCCGAGUUAAUGCACCUAUGAUUGAAAAACUGGUAUCUCAAUGGAGAAAUAUAGUUCACAUUAAAUGGGAAUCCUUGACUUCCACAGUAAAGUUCUGGAAUGAAGUCAUGCAAUAUAAAGAUGCAGCUGAUAAUAACCCCUUUGCAGAGUUAUGUGAGUUUGCAAUGUCUCUUAUAUCAUUGCCACAUUCAAAUGCGGACGUUGAACGUGUAUUCAGCCAAAUGAGUCUGGUAAAAACAAAACUCCGAAACCGUUUGGCGGUGAGAACCCUGAAUGCCAUUUUGUACGUUAGGUUCGGCCUAAAAAGAGCAGGAAAGUGCUGUUACUCUUACACUGUUCCAGACAAUGUACUACGCAGUAUCGGAACCAAAGAGUAUUACGACUCCGGCUCUCAGCCUUCCACAUCAGCUGAUGUUGAUGAAGAUGAAGACCUUAAUAUUCUAUUCCCUUGA